AUGCGAAUAAAAUUCUUACUUUUUGCAUAUUUCGUUCGCGCUGAGUUGAUUUGCGACUACGGCGAAAAUUGCGAUCGACUUUGCGAAGCUGAUGUUUGCGACUAUUUUUGGAACAUCGAAUAUCGUUAUUCAAAUUCGUGGCAAACCAAUGGUCCCUGGUGGCGAAGUUUUCCACUUUUCUUUAAUGAGACGGCAGAUCAGCUGGAGAUUCCUGAGCUGAAGACGGGAUACACGCAGGGUGUUACUAUCGACUCGAUUGUUGGGGAAGAUGGGGAAAGAAAGAGGCCAGAAGACAAUUUAGACGAGCUGUUUUUCAUCGACGGACAUCCUAAUAGAAGAGUAAUCACCGUAAAUGGCCAGUUCCCUGGUCCCAAAAUCCACGUGAAAAAGGGCUCAACAAUGCGAAUCACCAUCAAAAACCAGUUGCAAUACGAGGGAGUAAACAUUCACUGGCACGGCUUGCACAUGAUCGACAACUUCUGGAACGAUGGAGCAAUGUUUGUCAGUCAAUGUCCGAUUCCUGCAAAUACCGAGUUUACCUACAUCGUUCGAGCAGAUAAUUCGGGAACGCAUUGGUGGCAUUCUCAUGCAGGAACGCAACGACUUGAUGGCCUCUUUGGCCCCUUGAUUGUUCUAGAACCAGAAGAAAUAGAACAGAAAGUUACGACUAUCCCGCUAACAAUCGGCGACUGGUACCAAACUGAUUCGAUUUCAUUCAUUGCCAACGACCCUUUCCGGCUUCGAAUGAACGAAUAUCCGGGCAACGGGCCUAUUACUUGUGCAACGCCUUAUCGAAGCUUCUUUGGCGGCAUGAAGGUCACGGGCUUGUUCUGUUUGGACUCCUUUGUUGUCAAUGGAAGGGGGCAGUUUCGUUUCCAAGAAGACACUUCCAAGGGGAUGUUCUCGAUCGGCGAACGAUAUCUGAUUCCAGAAGAUGCUGAUUUCAUAAAGCUCAAGGUGAUAAAUACAGGAUUUGAGAUGUUAUCUGCUGUAACUCGCCUUGAUGGAGAGACAUUCAAUGUAACAGCUACUGACGGCAGAGAUAUUGUCCUAGAAGAAGGAGAUGUUCUUUUCCUCGGCGUUGGAGAAACGUAUGAUCUUCAUAUCCCCUUAUCACUCUCCGAAGACAGUUUCUUCCUUCGAUUCUGGCUACCUGUCGACCACAUCGGACAAGAAGAAGAUAAUCUUGUUCAUGAACCAUACUUGGAUAUUGAAUUCAAACGAAGUGAGACAAUUCCGGAAGGAGACUUUCAAACUGAACUUUUCAUGAGAAAACCGGAUGAUGCAGUCAAAGAAAAUUUGCAUUCCAAUUCUGCUGACGCUCCGAUUUGGCUCAAUUGUCCAUUCCCGGAAAAGGAUGUUGUUUGCAGGACUAUCUCAGAUUUCAAGCGCCUUCUACCUUCAGACUACAAGUUCAAAGGCGAAAAGACAAUCAACCUACCCGAAAAUGUCUCGCCAACAGAUGAGCCCGAUGUCAUUAUUAAUUUCCAUGUCAAUUUCAUGACGGCCGGAUCAAGUGUGAAUGGAAUCCAUUUUAAAUAUCCUUCCGCUCCAUUUUUCAAUGGAACUGAUGUUGACUCUAUUACGAGGUGUACAAAAGAAGAGCUGGAAGGUGCUGGGGGCGUCUGUACUCAGAUCAUGUCGGCAAAAGUCGGGGAUCUGGUUGAGCUCCGCCUCUCCAACUUAGAAAAACGUGAUGAUCUCAGGACUUUCCACAGCGUUCACAUGCACGGAUACGAGUUUUUCUUGAUGGCGACUGGAUAUGCUGAAUAUGAUGCAAAUGGAACGAUAACUGGCGACAACCCAGACAUAACUUGUGGCGGAGGAGAUCUUUGCCCAUUCGUCACUUACGAUGAGCAAGUUUUGAAAAAACAACGGGAGGAAAGAGGUGCAUUCAUUGCGAAAAACGCGAUUUUGGUCCCGCCACAAGGAUACGCAAUUGUCCAUUUCAGAGCUUCGAACCCAGGAAUUUGGCCGAUUCACUGUCACCAGGGAGCGCAUUUGAUCGGCGGAAUGAGCGCUUUGAUUGAAAUCAAGGAUGAAACGCUCAACCGCCCGUACAGCUAUCUUCCAGAAAACUUCCCGCGAUGCGGAGAUUUCAAACCUUCUGGGCUACCGAAGAUCAAUCCCAUCGACUCCGGUUCCCCCGCCAUCGAAAUCUACUCGCUUUUGCUUGUAUUCCUUCUUCUUGUUCAAUAA